AUGAACGCAACAACUGGACCACGAGGUGCACAAGACACCCUGGUGUCGCAAGCUUUCGGCGCCAAGGACUACGACAGAGCCCGGGGCUACCUGAACUGCUGCCAGGUUUGGAUGUUGCUUUUGGCUGGUGCGUGCGCCGUGGCUCUCUACUACACAGAGGCCAUCCUUCUCAAGAUCGAUGCCGCGGGUGAGGAGACCGCGGUUGACACCGCCACGCAUCCCUGGCCGGCAAUACUUACUGUUUGUUAG